GAUACCUGACAUUGAACAAUGACACCUGCCACGUCAUUUUGUACCUCCCUGUAUUUUUGUGUGCUUCUUCCCUGAAGUCAUAUUGCUGCUGUCCCCAACUUCACACAAUGAGUCCUGGGAAUAAAGAAGAGACGGGAGGAGAGAGGGAGGUCAUGAAGAGCCAUGGCUCGCGAUGUCUUUUCUUCCUGGGCUUCAUCGUGGGUUCUUGCACCCUCUACCUCCUGCAGCUAGUGUGGUUUGAACAUCCAGGCCUCAUCCUGCAGCCUCAGGGGGCAGGAAACACAACGCUCAGCAAAGACUGGAGGGCGGAGGGAGCAGCAUUGAUCAACCUCAGACAUCCAAAAAAACAAGGAAAAGACAGCCAUGUAGCGGACGAGCUGUACAAGAAAGUGCGUAUUCUCUGCUGGGUGAUGACGGCACCCAAGAACCAUCAGACCAAAGCUCUCCAUGUGAAGGCCACGUGGAGCCGCCGCUGCAACCGGGUGGUCUUCAUGAGCUCCGUAAAUGACCCAAAUCUGCCGGCUGUAGGCCUGGGCACUGGGGAAGGACGACACAAGCUCUACUGGAAGACCAUCCGCGCCUUCCACUACAUCCUGGAGAAGCACGGUGACGAGGCCGACUGGUUCCUCAAGGCUGACGACGACACCUUUGUGGCGGUGGACAACCUGCGCUGGAUCCUCUCCAAUCACACGCCAGCACAGCCCGUAUACUUCGGCAAACACUUCAAACUCCACGUCAAGCAAGGCUUCAUGAGUGGCGGCGCGGGCUAUGUCCUAAGCAAGGAAGCAUUACAGCGCUAUGUGAAGGCCUUCAGCACCAAAAUGUGCACCCACACCUCGCCCGAGGAGGACGUGGCUUUGGCCCGGUGUAUGGAGAAGAUUGGGGUUCGACCAGGUGAUUCCAGGGACACACUGCACCGAGACACGUUUCACCCCCUUGCCCCUGAGUUUCAUCUGACGAGAAAGUUCGACAAGACUCACUGGUACUGGAUGGAAAAUUUCCACCGUCCUGCGGAGGGUCCCCAGUGCUGCUCUGACUUGGCCGUAUCCUUCCACUACGUGGACAGUGUCCUCAUGCAAACUCUGGAGUACUUCACCAACCACCUGCGGCCCUGGGGCUACCGCUAUCGCUACCGGCCAUCCCCGCCCCUUGUUGGCCUUGUUGGCCCAGUAAAGACUUAACCCUAUCCAGACUGGGGGGAGGGGUGGGGGUUAAAAGUGCCGCUUUUCACGCACUUCACUCUUCAAUAUGCCCCGUAGAUUUCUCUGCCAUAUUUUGGUGCCAACUCACCAGUUUAAUCCUAACACCAAAAAUAAAUCCCCAUGCAUGUUCGAUUGGGUUUCAUUUCUGGUUACAUGAACAACCUUUUAAACAUCAUAUAUUUUUUUAGAAUAGAAAGAGAUUAAAUAAUAGGAUGGAGAAUGGAGAUUUUUUUUAUUUUCAUGUUAGUUUUAUGAACCUUCUACUAUUACUAUAUUAUAUUGUCAUUUUAUUCUUAUGAUUUGGCUGGGGAAGUCCACAGAUAGUGACAUAUUCUUGUGUGUAAGCUUUUCUGUAAUGGGUCACGGGACACUCAACAUUAUUGGAAACAUGUGCAUCUACUUGGUGUGGCUGCUGAAAAACAAAUAUGAAAUUGCAUACGCUGGACAACAAGACAAUGGACAGUGGGCAUCUGGCCAUGGGAGACCCCAUGUGCACAGGAGAAGCUGACGACAUGCCCUGGGGGAAGGAAAUGGUUAAAUAGGGUUGCCUUUUGUAUUCACUUCAGAAAUUGCUGGGUGGAAUACUUCCUGUCUCCACAUAGUAACUUCUCCAGCGGUUAACAAUAAAAUCUGCAGUGCUCACCAUC